AUGGGUUUGGCACAGCAGCAAAGAAACCUGGACAAUAUUGUAUCACAGCACCCCAGGAUAAGCGGGGGGAAGAAGUCCAAGAAAGAAGCCUGCGCAGGCUCAGAUUUGGAGGUAAAGAACACUAGCCCCAUGUCUGAGCAGGAUUCGGGUAUCCUGGAUGUUGAAGAUGAGGAGGAGGAUGAAGAGCCCCACCGCCACCGUGUGAAGAUGGCGGAGCUGGAGAGCUUAGAGACGGCGGCGGAGCACGAGAGGAUCCUGCGGGAGAUCGAAAGCACCGACACGGCCUGCAUCGGCCCCACGCUCAGGUCUGUUUACGAUGGAGAGGAACACGGUCGUUUCAUGGAAAAAUUGGAAGCACGAAUCAGAAACCACGAUCGGGAGAUUGAGAAAAUGUGUAACUUCCAUUACCAGGGUUUUGUGGACUCCAUCACAGAGCUGCUGAAAGUUAGGGGAGAAGCCCAAAAGCUGAAGAACCAAGUGACGGACACCAACCGAAAGCUGCAGAGUGAAGGAAAAGAGCUGAUAAUAGCAAUGGAAGAGCUGAAGCAAUGCCGAUUGCAACAGAGGAACAUUUCAGCGACGGUUGAUAAGCUGACGCUGUGUCUUCCCGUUCUGGAGAUGUACAGCAAACUGCGAGAGCAAAUGAAAUCGAAAAGGCACUACCCAGCACUGAAGACCCUGGAGCACCUGGAGCACACCUACCUGCCCCAGGUGAGCCACUACCGCUUCUGCAAGGUGAUGGUGGACAACAUCCCAAAGCUGCGUGAGGAGAUAAAGGAGGUGUCCAUGUCAGACCUCAAGGAUUUCCUGGAGAGCAUCCGUAAGCACUCAGACAAGAUUGGGGAGAUGGCGAUGAAGCAGAUAGCUCUUGACCAGGGCUGUGAUCCUGCACCUGGGGAGGGCAAACAUCAACACAGGUUGAGGGCUGAGCUGCUGGAAAGAAGCUCUGUGGAGAAGAACCUGAGGGUCCUGGUGGACCAACAGUUGACCACAGGGUGA